GGACCAGUCGGUGACAGCAGAACAAGCACUUGCCCUUAAACUUGCAUGUAGCCAAAUCAUCAGGUCAUCUUUAAAAAAGCCUUUAAUUAAACAUAACGGACAUAAAAACAACAGCACCAUGUCUCUUGCUGCAGACGCCUUCGUGUCGCAGAUCUCGGCUGCAGAGCCUUGGCCUGAAAAUGCAACCUUGUACCAGCCGCUGAAGGAGGACCAAAUUCUGCUGUCAGACUGCGCCUCCUCUCUUGCAGUUCAGGCUUACCUCAGGAUGUGUGGUCUGCCAGUGCAGGUGGUGUGCAGAGCAAAUGCUGAAUACAUGUCGCCGUCUGGUAAAAUUCCCUUCAUCCACGUAGGAAACCAGGUGGUGUCGGAACUGGGGCCGAUAGUGCAAUUCACCAAAGCUAAAGGUCAUUCUUUGAGCGACGGCUUAGAUGAUGUUCAAAGAGCUGAAAUGAAAGCGUACAUGGAGUUGGUCAACAACAUGCUGCUUACUGCUGAGCUCUACAUUCAGUGGUGCGAUGACGCUACAGCUACUGAGAUCUCUCGUCCCAGAUACAGCAAUCCUUACUCGUGGCCCCUCAGCAACAUACUCGCCUAUCAGAAGCAGUGGGAGGUCCGCAGGAAGAUGAACGCCAUCGGCUGGGGAGGAAAGAAUCUUGAGCAGGUCUAUGAGGAUGUGAGUCAGUGCUGCCAGGCUCUCUCUCAAAGGCUGGGAACACAACCGUACUUCUUUAAUAAACAGCCUACAGAGUUGGAUGCGUUAGUGUUCGGUCACCUCUUCACCAUACUGACCACCAGGCUGACCAGCGCUGAGCUGGCCGAGAGGAUCAAGAGUUACGGCAACCUGCUGUCCUUCUGCAGACGCAUCGAAUCCACCUACUUUGAAGUGAAGAGCUCCUGAAGGACCCAAAACAACCCGACUGUCUCUCUGUAUCAUCUCAUCCUUGUACAUUCUGCUCUUUCUUCUUUCAUUCCCAUGUUAUUAUUAAACAGAAGCUAAAAACUGUUACCUGUUCAUAUCCACAAACUUGCCCCUUAAUUAGACGUGCGUUACUGUUUUGCUUCCUGCUUGUACAUUGUUGCAUGCUGUAGCUAGAAGCUAUCUUUGUUAAUUACAAGUAUGGAUAGCACCAAACUACACAAGACCACAACACAGAUUGUUCUUAAAAGUAACACGACAGAUGUAUAUGAAAAUCUAAGAGAAUAACUUGUGACAUUUAGACCACACGCCACACAACACAUAUGCUAUUCAUUCUAGUCUGCAAAACCAUUUCAUUUAAACUGUUUCCACAAGCCACCAGAUGAACAGACCAUGGAGCCAUUACAGGUCCAGUAUUAUGGGAGUUAAGUAAAAAUGUUAAUAUAAUAAUGAAACUCUGAGUGGACCCUAAAAAGAUGGCUGAUUCCCAGCAUAGAGACAAAGACUUUUUUAUUAGCACUUGUUAUUAUUCCAUUGUUUGCACCUUGUCUCACAAGAAUACUCUCUGCUCUGAUGUAUCAGAGUGCAUUUACCAACACCCACAGUUUCACCACAGAUAGGUUGGGGAUGGAUUUUACAGCUGUGUGACAUGGCUGCCUUUCAGAAGUCAGGACUCCACUCGAGGUGGGUCCGAGGUCAAACCGAUGAAUUUUUUUCUUCCUUCCGUUAACUUGUGAAGCUUGUCAGAAAUGUGAAUCAGGGUUGUCAUUGUGUUAGAAUACAGAGCUUGCUGUUCUGCUGUACAGUAAAACAAAAACACAUGAACAUAAUGAUGAGGAGGAUGUGAUUUAUUCCUUGGUUUUUCAACCUUUUUUUUCAUUGUAUGAAUGGAAAGUGCCUAUCGAAUAAAAGUCAUUGC